AUGUGGCGCUUCUUGGCGCUAUGGCUAUCGCUCCACCUCGGCGCCCCAAGAGCUGAUGUGUGCACGGAGCUCACGCAAAACGUACUCACGUCGGUGGGCUGUCCGUCGCGCUGUGCCAGUACGCCGUGUGUCCUGUACUCGCCGUCGCAGAAAGAAUGCAUCGAGUUGGGCGCCAGUGGGCCGUGCUACAACCAGAGCGACUACGAGGCGCCCGGGUCGUCGUCCGAGUGUGAACUGACCUAUCAGUGCCUGGAUACGUUGUUAUGGGACGGCAAUCAGUGGUUCUUGACCCUGGAAGCGAACGCCGAUACGGCCGAAAAGACCAUGGCGCACGUGACGCAGGUGUCCAACUUGAGUUACAGCAGCUCGACUCUAUCCGUUCAAUUGCAAGGCGUGCCGAGCGAGUCGAUUGAUAAAAGCGUGAUCAAGGACAUUUCGCUGGACCAGUCGUUCUUUGAUACGCCCAGUAGUGUCGUGAGUAUGUUCCUGAUCAGUGUCAACCUGCGGAACAUCCUCUCGUCUGUGAAGCUUGCGACAACGUACUCGACGCUGUUUCUGACCAACACGAAUUUGAACAAAGUUCCAGAGCAGCUUGGCACGUUCUCGGCCAUAACGAAACUCGACCUGUCGCUGAACUACAUUUCGGAGUUGCCGGACAAUACCAGUAACGUCUGGGCAGGUCUUGGCACUGUCACGGACCUCAACUUGGCUGAGAAUACGCUCGCGGAGUUCCCCGUCGUGCUGAAUAAUCUGCAGACACUGAACCUGUCGGGAAAUGUGUACACGAGCAUCCCAGACAAUGUGUACACGAUGGCAGAAUCUGGCGCACUCAAAUCCUUGUACAUGGUCGGCUGCAACUUGUCAAACGUGCAAGUGACGGACACGCAGCUCGCGCUGCUGCAGAAUUUGGCAGCUUUUGAUGCCGACGUGACGAUCACAGACUGUGGCUCAGGCUACUCGGCCACGAAGCUAAGCAACGCUGAAGCACAGGUGUGCGCAGCUUCGACGUCGUCGUCGAGCGGCAGUGGACGCACAGUCGCCAUUGUGCUUGGCGUGGGUUGUGGCGCUCUGGUGCUGGCCGUCAUUGUGUUUGUGUGGUACCGCAAGAAACACGGCCGAACGUUUGCCACCAAGGGUGGAUCGACAGUCUUUGGCACGGACAUGGGCUCGAGCCUUACGGGUGGCGACACGACGUUUGGCUCGUCGAUCUGGGACGAUCCGGAUCUUCUUGCGGUGCGCGUUGAGCACCGUGAUGUAGAGGCGAUCAAGCUGCUCUCUCGCGGUGGCUUUGGUGAAGUCUGGCUAGGCUUGUACAUGAACGAGAACGUCGCCAUCAAGCGGCUGUUGAGCGACAAGAAAACCAUGCAAGACGCGCUGGCAUUUGCGACGGAGAUCAAGGUAAUGGCACGUCUGGAGCACCCCAAGAUCGUCCAUUUCAUUGGUGUCUCGUGGACCAAUGCACUGACGAUCCAGGCAGUGACGGAGUUCAUGGACUGCGGUGAUCUCAAGUCACUGCUGGACUCGAGUCGUGCCGGCUCGUUGACGUGGGCCAAUCUGAAGUGCCAGAUCGCCAUUGACAUUGCAGACGCGUUGGUGUACUUGCACACACUGAAUCCGAAACUCAUCCACCGUGACUUGAAGUCUCGAAACGUGCUCAUUGAUGCGCAGAGCGGUGCUAAGCUGAGUGAUUUCGGCAUCUCGCGCAACCGUAGCUUUGACGAGACCAUGACGGCUGGCGUGGGUACGGCACGCUGGAUUGCCCCGGAGGUCAUUCUAGGCGGACACUACACGGAGUUCGCCGAUAUUUACUCUUUCGGGGUGGUGCUGUCGGAACUGGACACGUGCAAGGCCCCAUUUUACGACGCUACCAAUACGAAUGGCGGUAAAAUGCAGGACGUGACGAUUCUGCAGCUCGUGUCAGCAGGCAAGCUGCAGCCAAGCUUUAACGAGUCAUGCCCGUCUUCCGUCGUGAAGCUCGCACGCGCAUGUCUGUCAUUUGACCCGGCCCAACGUCCAAGUGCCAUUCACAUUUCCUAUGAGCUGCGGAAAAUCAUGAAGGACGAGCUAUAG